AGCGUCAUGAGAGAGCUGCCAUGAGGCAAGGAGAGAUGAGGUGUCCUUCACAGUCCUCAGGGAGGGGUUGGACUGCAGGGAGACGCACGCAGAACACGUUCUUUGACGUUUUCUGAGCUCCGGCUUCGAGGGGGGGCAAGUGCCUCCUCAGGCAAGUGUUCGGGGGUGGGCUGGUUAUAAGCAACCUAUCCAGGGUAGCUCGGGGGACUUUUGCUGGAGAGCACGGCAGCUUGACACAAUGCAGGGUUGCAUGAAUUACAGACUUGGGGGUCUCUUUGCCGCCUUCAAGACCUGUCUGCAGUGGUGGGGGGCCUCACAGCCUGCCCCGGUAUGCCUCUCAAGCGCAGAGGCAUGUUGCGCGUCUCUUUAGAAAGCGCCUGCAACUAGAAAGCGCCUGGCAUGCGAGGUGCGCGCGUUAUCGACCUCUGAUCGAGCCCCAGUCCAUUGCAAAUCCACAAUGGGUCCGCCAGCGGAAGCUUUGCCUGUAGGGCCAUCCAACUUCAGUCCAAUUUCACCGGAGUCAAAUGGACCUCAGGCCGGGUGGACAAAUGAGGUUCCAAAGAGUGCACUUGCGAUGCUUCCGGGGCCGUCCCUGCCGUCGCUGCCUGCUGGGGCGCACAAGGAGAUUCUGCAGCUCAUUGCGGGGUACCUUGAGGUUUGGGGGUUGAGCUUCAAGAUUGAGAAGAAAAGCGUGGGGAAGGAUGCGGCAAGAGACCAGAGCGAGCGUCAGAGACUGGGAGAGCUGAUUUUGGACGGGAAGUGGACGGAGGCACUGCAAGCGCUGGAAGCUUUACAGCUUGGGUCACAGUGUGCGCCCCUGGUAUUCCUGCUCCGGAAGCAACAGCUGCUGGAGUGCAUCAACGAUCGUGCACAAAAGGCGGGCGAUAGUCCGCAGCUUGCGGAUGCGGUGGCUGACUCUCUGGCAGCCCUCCAGGGGCUGUCCUCGGAGCAGGAGUUUGACGAGCUGCGCUCUUUGGCAUCAGCUGUGGAUCUUCACGAUCUUCCCGCCUACGCGGACUGGACUGUUGCAAGCGGCCGACAAGAGUGCGCCCAAGCCCUUCUAAACAUCCCGACCCUCCAGGCCUUUGACACAGCCGGGACAGCUCCGGCCCCUUUCGAGGUUGUUCCUCCAGGAGCAGUGUCAACAGAGAGCCGGCUCGAGGAACUCCUGCGGCAGGCGCUCGCUUUCCAAGCUGUGAGAGCGGGGGUCUCUGUCGAGUCUGCAGAACUGCUGAGCAGGGAAGCGGGGGAGAAUGGGCACCGGUCGCCAUCUGUUAGCAGCGAGCAAGCUGUGGGAAGCAUCGUGACGGGGCUCAAGAUUGAAGUGGGGGGGCAGGACCUGGAAUCCAGCAGUGCGGGGAGCUCCUUUGAAGGCAACGGCGUUUACACUCCCACUGGCAGCACGCCGGAAGAGGAGAAAGCAAAGGGCGGCGAGAAUGGCAUCAGCGUGCCCCUCCUUGCUGACCUCAGCGUGAUCUCAGCAAACGGGCAGAGCUCGGGGGAGGUCACGCCGGGAGGGUCUGCGUUCACACUGCUGCGCGACGUCGACUGGGGUCUGGCGGCGCAGCGUGACCCGUUCGAUGUGGGAAUGCCCUCAGGAAUGGCCUUCAGAAGGACGUUCAUGGAGGACUCGUUGCUGCGCCCCACUGACGCGCCCCUGUCGCGAGCAACUAGCAUGGGGGGGCAGGAACCUAACUCUGCGGCAGGGGAUCUAGCACUGCCGGUUGUGCCGCGAGUGAAGGCGAAAGUCCACGCCGAAAAGAAGAGCGACGACGAGGGGCCUGGUUUGCGCCUGACAUAUCCAAACAAGCCAAUGAAUGGAUUGAGUGACAACGAGGGAGGGGGGAGAGAGAAGCCUAGGAGGGAAGGGGGGGGGGGGAAAAGCGGCAGGGCCAUGGGGCGUGACAGUGUCGAGCCUGGCGAGCGGAGAGGGGAGGAGCGGCUUGAGAGGGAAGACUCGUCCAAGCAGUGGGCGCGAGCCAAGUCCGAGGAACCAGACGCGGGCGUCUCCGGCCGGGUCGUCGAGCCCGAAGCGAGGCCCGAGACUAAGCCCCGCCGUGCAAGUCCCCCCCUAGAAGAGAGGUUUGGGCCAACGAUCAUGGUGACCAGCAAACCCCCCCGCUCGAGCAACCCCGCUGCCGCUAAGCCGUCUCCCGCUGCAUCCCCCCGGAUAAGCGAAGGGCUACGGGCGUCUGCGCCGGCCUCCCCGAACAAGGGCAAAAUACCCCCUUGGAACGUAGACGAGGGGGGGUCGCGAAAGGGCACGCCAAAAGGGUCGUGGUCCAAUCCGCCGUCGCCGCAUGGGGAGGGGGUAGACCCCGACGAAUACGACAAGGACGUGCGUGCACAGUAUGAGCAAGUCAAGGCGCUAUUUGAGGCGGAGAGGGCGGCGAGGGGCGACUACCGAGGGGAGCGGUAUGAGGAGGUGGGGGCGAAGUACGACCUGGGGAAUGAGCGGAAAGGAGGCGAUGCAGACCGGAGCCGGUCUAUGGAACGGGAAGUGUCUGGAGAACGGUCGUUGCACCAUUCGAAGAGCGGGCCCCUGAGCAUAGAAUCCGAAGCCUCCAGAAUACGGGUGUCGUUAGGCAGCGACCGAGUCCCCUCCCCCCGCCCCGCCAAGACGUCUCCACGUAAACCGUCAUCUAAAACGCAGGACUACGGGUCACCCUCGAUCUCCCCGUCCAAGCACCGGAGGUCCAGCUCCGCGGAGAAGCUGCACGAGGCGGCGGAACGGGUGCCGCUGCCGCGCGCGGAGAAACUAGAGCGGCCCAUCUCGCGCUCGGGCCCGCUGGAGCGUGUGCCGAGCCCGGUGCCGAAAGCGGGCGCGUUCAGUUCUGCGGCCAGCACGCCAAAGGGCAUCACGCGCAGUCCGUCGUUUAUACGGAGGGCGAGCCAAGCAGGGCGGGCGUACAGUAACCUGGAUCCAACGGCGGGCUUCGCUUCUGCGACGGUGCUCAAGGACACGCAGCCAGUGAGGACGGUGGCCUGGGACCGGGAUGGCAACUUCCUGGCCGUCGGAUCGAACUCGCGGACGCUCAGGAUCUGCCACGUGUGGGGGGUCACGGGGGAAGAGCCGGGCAGCAGGAGCAGCAGGGAGCACGCAAAAGCAGGUGUCCCCGGCGCCAAGGUGGUUGUCGAAGAGCGCGACUGGCACAUGGGCAGUGUCUAUACCGUCGGCUGGAACUGCACGGGCGGCCUCGUGGCCACCGGCAGCAACGACCAGACGCUCAAGGUCGCGUCGGUGCAGCGCGCCAAAGGCGAGGACUACGGGAACCUGUACUUCGGCAUUGCGGGCCCAGACGACAUCGGGGAGUGCACCUUCGAGGGCCACGAUGGCACCAUCCGCGAUCUGGCGUUCAGUCCUGUUGCAGAGAGCAUGGUCUUGUCGGGCGGAGCGGGCGACUUCGGCAUGCGGUACUGGGACUGCGAGAGCGGGACGGUGGUGUGCACUCUGUGGGGCAGCGCCGCGGCCAUCUUUGCGAUGCGCAUCGCGCCCGACGGGAGGACCGUCGUCACAGGGGGGGGCGAGACUACCUGCCGCGUCUGGGACCUGCGCACUGCAAGCUGCGUGCGCACGUUUGGACAGUACAACUCGCAGGUGUCGAGCUUGGCCCUCGGAUGGGACUCCCCUGGCGGCCCGCAGGUCAUUGCCGGUUUCGCUGGCGGAGUAUGCCGGGUCGUCGACUUUGCGAGCGGAAAGGAGACCCGCAAGUUGACGCACCACACAGCAGACUGCCGUAGCGUCGACGUGUCACCAGGCGGUCGGUGGCUGUUAACGGGCGGCUUCGACGGCAGCAUCGGCAUCGUGGACGCGCGCACCGGGUGGCGCGUAGCGGGCGUGUACCGGGCGCACGGCGAUAAGGUGAUUCAAUCACGCUGGCACCCGGGGGGCGUCGGCUUCGCUACCAGCAGCGCCGACCGGACUGUGCGCGUAUGGGCCCCGGCCAAGCCCACCGACGAUGGGGACUGACCGAGGUAACAUUAGCUUGUGACAACAUUGUGGAGCAACUGAUGCCAAUUCUCUGGAGCUGACAUCAGCUUACAGAGGGUCAGCGAGUGGUUAGGUAGGGUCUGUGAGUGGGGCGGUCUCUGUGCGGCGACAAGAGUUUGAACGGGAGGGGAUCCGGGAGGAUGGUGGCUUGUGUUAGGUUUUCAAAAGUCUCUGUAGGGCUUUCUUUGGCGAUUGGAAUGUCAGCUGGGAGAGUUCCCUUGGUGCGUCCUGUGCAAAUGCGCCGUAGAAGCACAUCAGGAAGGUCUCUGCCUCUCCUGAGUGCAGAUCUGAAAAGCACAUUGGGGAGUUAGCAGUAGAGGUCUAGAGCCCGCGUGAAGCCUGUUCUGGUUCUGCUCGGCCUCGGGCUUCGUUAUUGCACAAUUUUGCGGCUCCUAUCCGAAUUCCAGUGCGCCAUUGCUAGGCCGAAAAUGUAGCAUAAACAAAUGUUGUCGAUUGCUCGUGAACACGUGUGGUGAGGGAACAAGGUUAUUCGGUCUAAAGCCAGCAGCCUGCGGCAUCUCGUGUGGAGUGGGUGCAUGCCGUUGAUUGACGAACAAGAGCAAGAUUGAGGCUCAAUGUAGCUCUUUGAAGAUUGACAUUUGAGCUCGUUCCACUCAUGAUUUGGCUCGUGUUAAGAGUAAAAGUUGCUAGUGUAACAUAUCCAAAAUGCUUCAGAUUAAAAAGCAGCACUUAUUAGGGUAGACCAUCGGACUAGCUCGUAUUUAGCAAGGACUAGAGGACUUUGAGACAUUCCCUUUGCAAAGCCUUUAACAUCGCACGAUAUAAUCCACGGAGCCUGGUCCCAAU